UGAGUAGGUGGGAGGUUUAUCUGCUAAUGAUUCUGGACUUCCCUACAUAUCUCUGUGCCUCCAGAACCACCGUGCAAAGACUACCUGAUGUCUUCACUUGUUCAGAGGGGUGACCAUGGCCUGAGGUCCUGCCUAUGUUGCUCUUGACACCAGAACCAAGGAGUUCCAAAGGAUCUGUAUGAAGACGUGAUGAUGGAGACCAACCAGUUCCUUGCAUCACUGGGUCUAUGAAAGGUCAUCACGGAACUGGAAGACACCAUUAUUUAAGUCCACUGGUAAAUUGAAGGUUGGUUAAUAAACAAAGAAUAUAAAAAAUUUAAAAAACACUACAAAAAUUAGCAACUGCUUUCAUGCGAUGGAAAAGUCAGUAGCAAAUGAAGAAAAAGACCUGAAUAUUAAUGUAACCAUUAAACAGAUAGAAUAUAACCUAAAGGAACACGUAACAUUGGAGCCAUAUGAAGAAAAAGGCCUAUCAGAUGAUGACCUUCAUAAAAACACUGCUCAUGAACACAUCUCAUGUAAGAAUCUUAAUAAAGAACCGUUCUUAAAAGAUGGAGUAUACCUUUCAGAUGCUGACAUUAAUACAGCCACAAAUCCUACCCAACAAUAUCUAUCUCAAAUUAAGGAGGAACCACUCUUACAGUAUGGAGAAAAUCUUAUUAAAUACAAUAUUUCUCUACCAUCAGAUGAUGCAAAACAUCCAUCUUCUAAUAUUAAAGAAGAACCAGUCUUACUUGACGGAGAAAGUCUUAUUGAACGCAACAUUUCUAUACUCUCAGAUCAUACAAAACAACAUCCAUACUCAAAUAUUAAGGAAGAAACAGUCGUGUAUGAAGGAGGAAACCCCUCAGACCCAAACAUUCUGACAACUAUGGAUAACACACAACAUUCAUCUCUUUGUCUUAAGGAGGAAUCCACCUCAUAUGAUGGACAAAACCUCACAGACCCCAACAUCUGUACACCCACAGAUCAUGCACCACAACAGCCAGCUACUCAUAUUAAGGAGGAACCAUCCUUGUGUAGAAGAAAUGACAUAGACCCCAAACUGUAUACACCCACAGAUCAUACCCAGUCUCCAUCUACUCAAGUGAAGGUGGAAUUGGUGUCAUAUGAUGAAGGCAACCUCAAAGACACAAUCAGCAAUGCACCCACAGAUCAUACAGAACAGUGUGCACUCAAAAUUAAGGAGGAACCAGAAUAUUUUGAAGCUGAAAACCUUGUGGAUGCUGUUAUUCAUAAACAUGUAGAUCAUAUUAAACAACAAUUCAAGCUCUGUGAUGACAGGAGACUUGCAAACAACAGUAUUAACUCUUUUACUAUUACUGGUGAGUAUAUUGAAGGAAUUGAUCAAACCGAAGAGAAAAAGAAGGGCUCUGUACUAAAAUCUGCUUCUCCAUCCUUUGAGACAUCAAAGACCCUGUAUACCUGCCCUGUAUGUAAGAGAGGUUUUAAUAACCAUGGUAAUCUUGUGAGACAUCGGGAGACACACAAAGGAAAGAAAAUGACUUGCACAGAGUGUGGGGCCGACUUCUGUAAUAAAACUGAUCUCUCAGCGCACGUACGAACUCACAAAAUUAGCAGAAGUCUAUACUGCUCAGAAUGUGAUAAGAUAUUUGCCAGCAACUCUCAUCUUAUCAUCCAUGAGAGAAUUCACACAGGGGAGAAGCCAUUUGCCUGUUCAGAAUGUGGGAAACGUUUUUCCAAUAAGUCCAAUCUUGCCGAACACAUGAGGGUCCACACUGGAUCAAAACAAUUUGGUUGCACAGUUUGUGGAAAAUCGUAUGCGCGGAAAGACAAUCUUAUCAGCCACCAGCGAAUUCAUGAAGAAGUGACAUUAACGUGUUCUAAAUGUGGGCGCAGUUUUGUCAAUGAGUACAAGUUUAUCCGACAUCAGAAAUUCCACACAUUGGACAGACCCUUCUCUUGCAGCCUUUGUGGGAAACGCUUUACCCAUAAGGCUUUGCUCCUUAGGCAUGAGCGAACGCACAUAGAUAUGAAACCAUUUUUGUGUUCAGACUGUGGGAAGUGUUUCCUGAAACAAGGUGAACUGAUAAAGCAUCAGAGAUCUCACACUGGAGAGAAACCAUUCACUUGUGUCGAAUGUGGAAAGUGUUUUAGCACAGGGUCAGGUCUCAUAAACCAUAAAAAAAUACACACCAGUGAAAAACCUUUUGCCUGUUCCGAAUGUGGUAACAGGUUCAAGCAGAAAAACAACCUUGUUAGACACCAGAGAGUUCAUACUGUGCAGAAACCAUAUGCCUGUGCCGACUGCGGCAAAGGAUUUACUACCAAGUCAAACUUUAACAUACAUCAGAGGAUUCACACAGUGAGAAGACAGCUCUCCUGCCCCAAAUGUGGCAAACAUUUCCCAUAUAAAAGCAAACUAAAGGAACACAUGGAAAGUCAUGAGAAGAGUGAUGAUCCACAGCUAAACUAAAAUAAGACUGAGAUUUUCAACCUCAUGCGCUCUUCUGUCCAUAUAAACUGUCUGUAGGCAUUUCAUUAAAACCCAUAGAGAUGUAUCAGCAAUCAGUGGUACCCAUGCAGUUCUGCCCGAACUUCUACUAACAUGGCUGACGAAUGUUAUCAAGUUUUUACCCUCAGGCGCCACUUGCAUGCUCUAUUAUGUUUGAUUCUCCAUCCAUACUGUAGAUGCCAGACUGCCAAAAGGGCCACAGAGUGGCAAUUGGUAAUUGAUUUCUUGGAUGGAAAAACAUGACUGAUCAGUCAAAAGUUGUCAAUUUCAGCUGAUGUUUAUUUCAUGUCUAUAUCCAGCUUUACUCGAUACUUUACCAAUCCCUUAUUUUGUAUUAUUAUUGCUGUAUUAACGUCUGCGGUAUAAUUGCAUCAAUGCUAACAAGUGAUUACCUUCUUACCUUUAUGACCUCCACGCAGUAAUGCAUUGGUAUGACACAUAAAACUGUCUUCUGUGAUGACAAUAAAUCUUUUUUAUAAAAAAAAAAUGCUUUUCCUUGUCUGAUUACCAUCCUCAGGGGCGGACUGGCUGUAGACCCUACAGGAAUAUUUCCCAGUGGGCCUAUGCCAGAGGGCCACCUAAACCCUCCUCUUGGCCAAAAGCCAGGUACAAAAAGAUCUGAUGCGCUCAGCAUUAAUUAAUUUAGGCAGUAUUUUGUGCUGCACUGUGUUAUAUGUAGUAUUUUGUACUGCACUGUGGUAUCUGAGGCCACUUUUAGUUUUUUUUCCCAGGGCCACUUUAAGUUACCAGUCUGCCCCUGACCAUCCUGGGGAUCUAUAUCUAUGAAAAUGAUUUACUGCAGUAAAAUAAAGCAGGUCUCAGCUGUCAUAUCGUGCCAUCAGAAACUACUUUUUAGACUGUCUGAUUACCAUCCUCAGGGGCGGACUGGCCAUAGAUAGUCCGCCCCUGAGGAUAUCUCCCGAUGGGCCUAUGCCAGAAGGCCACCUAAACCCUCCUCUUGGCCAAAAGGCAGGUACAAAAAAAUCAGAUGCUCUCAGCAUUAAUUAAUUUAGGCAGUAUUUUGUGCUGCACUGUGGUAUAUGGUUCUACUGAGGUAGUAUUUUGUACUGCAUUGUGGUAUCUGGGGCCACUUUUAGUUUUUUUUUGCAGGGCCACUUUAAGUUACCAGUCCACCCCUGACCAUCCUGGGGGAUCUAUAUCUAUGAAAAUUAUUUACUGCAGUAAAAUAAAGCAGGUCUCAGCUGUCAUAUCCUGUCAGCAGAAACU